AUGCAGGUGUACAAAACUCCUCUAAUUUCCCAGCUCCUUCAAUUUGGUUACUUUAGUUACUGCCCCACCUCCCUUUCCCAAACCAACCCAACAAACCCACCUCAUCAUUGCCUCUCCUCCGCGGACCCCCACCCACCUGUUGCCUCUCUCUCUCCCACCCACCCAGCUCAUCAUCGCCUCUCCCUCCCACCCACCCAGCUCCCCCCCACCCCGCCGUCCACUCUCUUUCCCUCCGCGCAACCCCCUCUCCCUCCCACCCGCUGUCGCUUCUCCCUCCCAUCCGCCGUCGCCGCUCCCUCCCUCCCGCCGUCGCCGCUCCCUCCUCCCGCCGUCGCCGCUCCUUCCCACCCGACCGUCACCUCCCCCUCCCCUCCCGCCGUCGCCUCCCCGUUCCUCCCGCCGUCGCCUCUCCCUCCUCCCCGCCGUCGCCUCUCCCUCCUAUCCGCCGUCGCCGCUCCCUCCUAUCCGCCGUCGCCGCUCCCUCCCAUCCCACCGUCGCCUCUCCCCCCAUCCCGCCGUCGCCUCUCCCCCCAUUCCGCCGUCGCCUCUCCCUCCCAUCCCGCCGUCGCCUCACCCUCCCAUUCCGCCGCCGCCUUCGGCGACAGGUCACGAGCAAGCUGGUGCGCGAGUGGGAGCUGGUGCGCGAGCGCGGGUUGGUCUCUGCACCGUGAAUUGCAGGCACUUGCGCCAUGGGCGCUGGCGCGUAAGGUGCUUGCGCUUAGGGCGCUGGCGCCGUGGGCGCUUGCGCCGUUGGCGCGGGCUCGGUGGGUGCUAGCGCCUAACGCGCUUGCGCUUAGGGCGCGAGCGCCGUGGGUGCUGCCCCAUGAGGCGCUGGCGCUGUGGGCGAUUGCGCCGGGGGCGCUGGUGCAGUGGGGCGCCGUGGGCGCUUGCACUUAG